AAUACCUUCUUAAACGCAAGUUUUUUGUUUUUAUAACUUUAACUAUUUAUAGUUGGUUCAGUUUUAUUCAAACUGUAUGCGGAGUAGAUGCCGCAUAAUAAUUGCUCAAAUAGUACGACACAAAAUCGGGCCUAUUUCCCUCCACUUUCGGACAUGUUCCAUUUUCGACCCAAAUUUGGUAAAUUUUAAUUAUGCCACCGUCGCAAAAAAUCCAAGUGAAAUUAACCGACCCCAUCGACCCCUUAAUCGAAACCGAGCAAGUUUUUAUCCCCUUUCCCUUAUCACAAGAAGUGAAGAAAUCGUCGCAAUGGGCCGCUUGGGCAAGAAACACACCUUUCGGUAUUUUGUCAGUCAGUGUUUUAGAGAUAAUCUUCUACGCUGCCUCGGAUGAAAAAACCCAAAAACUGCUCCGCUUCGAACCGCACAAACUGACCGAAAUUUGGCGAUUCGUCACCUACAUGCUUUUGCACGAAGACUGGAUCCACCUGACUCUCAAUAUUUUCAUGCAAGUGCUUUUCGCCUAUUUUUUAGAAGCGCGACACGGAAGCGUGCGGAUUCUUGUUUUGUACGUGACCGGGGGAAUCACCGGAGUCUUGGGAGCGGCCUGUUUUCACCCCGACUUGGUCAUUGGGGCCUCCGGGGGCGUGUAUGCGCUUUUAAUUUCGCACAUUUCCGAUAUUUUUCUAAACUUUGAAACCUUGAAUUACAAAAUCUACAGAUCUGCGUGUAUCGGAAUAAUCGUCAUUUUCGACAUUAUCUACAACGUGUUACAUGCCAAUUUUAAAAAGGAGCCUUUGAUAUCGUGGGGGGCCCACAUGAUCGGGGGCCUCGCAGGCCUGUUUUUGGGUCUAGUGCUCUUCAAGCAAAAACCGUCAAUUGCACGCACACGGAGAUUAGUUUUAUUUUUGGUGGGUUUAUUACUUUACGUAAUUUUAUUGAUCUCGCUUGUAAUAAUAACCGUUCAGAUUAAAAAAUGUACUCCGAAGGAUGCCAUACGCAAGCGGUAUGUUUAUUUUUGCUGAUAUUUUUUUUAUAACGAGUGUUUGGCUAUAAAUGUGCGGUAGCAAAGUAAAGCGUGAAAUUACACAACUUAUAGAUGUUUGCGGCUAUUUUUAGACGUUGGUUUUGUAAAAAAGUGAAAAAUAAACGAUUAAACAAA